AUGGCUAAUUUGGUCGUCUGUUGUCAGAAAGAAGACGGAUGUUUCCGGACCAGUGAUCGAUUGAAGAUGAAAAACACAAUUAUCACCAUGGUAUCCUCUCUACAUUUUCUGGUAUUUGUAGUCUCGGCUAUUGAGUCCAAAACCCAACCAGAAACGUCUACUGAGUUGGAUCUUUGUAAAGCCAAUUCUGACGUCAACUCGGUCUGUCAGGCCUGCUCCAAACUGCCCUAUGGCAUGUCUAUGUCCGUUGAAUCAUGUUGCCAUGACUACCAAAUUUUAACCAUGUGCGAUUCAUGUACGUCAGAUCCGGUACGUUGUAUGAAGGACGUCCUCGACCUUGAAACUAAUAUUGUUGAGCAGAAAACGAAUCCUGAAGUAAGUAACGAAGAUACCGAUGAUGUGGACGAUGAUGAAUCUUUGGAAGUUAAGAAACGAUAUGGACGAAUGUUCUUUGGACGCCGGCCUAUCUUGUACUCCAAUUAUUUAAAUAAGCGGUUUGGACGACUGUUCUUUGGAGGCAGACGACAACUGUUUACACCAAUUAAAACAUACAAACAGAAACGUUAUGGUCGUCUGUUUAUGAAUAAGAAAUCAGAAGGUAGCAAUGGCGCCAUUGAAGAAGUUCCAGAUAAAAGAUACGGACGACUCUUCAUGACACCGUAUUUAGAUAAAAGAUAUGGCGCUUUCAGAAUUGGUAAACCCUCAUCUGCGCGAUACUUCUGGAAAUAA